UUAAUUGUAAAUAUUAGGGCUCGGGGGGUGGGGAGGGCUGGUGGCGCGUGAGGCGUCCCGCGGGCCCGGCCUACUCCCUUCUACGGGAGCAGGCCGGCACACAACGUAGUGGUGGGCAUCACCCAUGACGAGGCCGGACCCGGCGCCGAGGGCGGCCUUCUUCUUGUUCGACUUGCUCUUCUUCUUCCUCGCGGGCGCGUCCCGGGGGCGCCGCGACCGGUUCUUCGUCACUUUCGUACGCGUCGAAGUCCUUGGCCGGGUCCCCAAACAAGUCGUCGUCGUCAUCCUCCUCUUCCUGGCCGCGUUGCACGUCCGCCGUCGCCUCGCCUUCCGUCGCGCGCGGCGUCUCCUUCGGCGGAUCCGGAAUCGCACAGUCGACGUCCCAGACGCACGGGGCGUCCGUCUCGAGCUGAGCGAGCACGUUUUCCAGCACCAGGUUGUGGUAGAGCCGCGACAUGGCGUUCACGAGCUUCACGCCGCGCGCCGCGUACCGCCCGGCGGUCAUCCACUUCCGGAUCGACCAGUCCGUCUCGGCCUUGCUGCUGCCGAUCUAACUCGUCGUAGUCGUGCUCGGACCAGUUCUUGCUGGGCUUCGCCCAGCCGGCGCCCGGGUCUUCCAGAGGGCUUUCAGGAGGUGUUUUGCAUGAUGAUGAAUCCGGACUUGUGGACUUUGCGGUCUAGGGGCAGCGAUAGCUGCCGCGCGGUAGCUUGCGAGAAGGCAGAGGCUCCGGCGGCAGCGAGUAGCACGAGGAUUUUGCAGCACAUUUGUGCGGCGCGGCGAUGC